AUGAUGAGAUUCGGGAAAGAGUUUGUGUCCAAGAUGAUCCCAGAAUGGCAAGAAACGUACAUUGAUUACGCUUACCUCAAAAUCAUUCUUCAAGACAUCCAAACUUCCCGUAAUAUUUCAGUUUCCAACAACCAGAUGAAAACUUCCUUCGCACGCAACCUUACCAGACGCUACAACUGCGACGCCUCGGUCUCUGAAAGCCACGACAUUGUGGUCAACACUGUGACUCAUGCCGGCAAUGAGUCCCGGAUGAUUUACCAGACGGCGUUUUCAAAGGCGGGAGAACUAGGUGGAGACACUGAGGUUGUCUUCUUUAGAACCCUAGAUCAAGAAUUCAACAAAGUGAAUAGGUUUUACAGGUCGGAAGUGGAGAAAGCGAGGGACGAAGCUCUAGCUCUGAAUAAACAGAUGGAUGCUUUGGUUGCUUUCAGACUCAGAGUUAUGGAGAAGAAACAUUCUCUCUCUGACUCAGUCUUUGUAGACAUCAAUGCCUUCACUUCUGAGAUUGGAUCAUCUUCCAAGUCUAAAGAACACACGAAUCAGAGUGUUCUUGAGCGCAUCAGGAUGAACAAAACACGUGAAACUCCACUGUCAACCAUUAAAACCAUCCUCAAGGUUCAUAAGCAUGAGGAAGAGCUCAGAUUUACAAGAGAGAAUCUCAAGAAAGCCGAGAAGCUACUUCAGAUAGCGUUCAUUGAGUUCUAUCAGAAACUUGGACAUCUUAAGAACUAUAGCUUCUUGAACACGUCAGCUAUAUCCAAGAUCAUAAAGAAGUAUGAUAAGAUAGCAGCAAGAAAGGCUUCGAGACAGUACAUGGAGAUGGUGGACAACUCUUACCUCACUAGCUCCGACGAAGUUCAUAAGCUGAUGCUAAGAACUGAAUCUACUUUCAUUGAGCAUUUCUCCAAUUCAAACCGGAGCCAAGGGAAGAACCUCUUAAGAUCCAAAGCAAACAAAGAGCGUCAUCGGAUCACAUUCUCCACCGGUAUAUAA